AUGGAUGACAAAACCAAGCAACACUAUCUGGCCGACUCACCUCCGACUGUAGUACGGCUGGAGAUCAAGUCACACUUCGAUAGUCUUAAGGAUGGGAAGCUUAGAAAAUAUGCCCAUUACCUGAGCAGAGCUGCUUUUGAAGGUACCCGCAUCACACUACGGCAAGUCUCACCAGAGUCAGAGCCGAUCUACGAUCUCAUUAUUUCCCUCUACAAUGCCUGUAAUGGUGACUGGGCCAGUCUCGCUCAGAAGACAAAAGUCAGCGACGAACAUCUUCGCUUCUUCCUGGAGUACGCCGCUCAAUUUCUUGGAAAUUGCGGUAACUAUAAGGGCUUUGGUGACUCGAAGUUUAUUCCUCGCCUGCCUGUUGCCGCGUUUGAGGCUUUGGCGUCUGUAACUUCGGAUACAAAGGCAGCAUUCGAAAAGGCCAACAGCACCGGCGGUGGAAUUUAUGAGACAAGUAACCAGUCGCUCAUGCAUCUAGGUUAUGCUGAAGGCGGCCAUAUGACCACCUACUACCCGGAUUCUCCUUCGAUCACCAAGGAUGAAAUUACGGCCAUUGGAGACCUGAUGGAGCAGAAGGGCCUGCCGUUGGAGAACACACGACUCAAGAAGUUGCCGUCUGGCGAUUUCGAGCUAUGGAUUGCUUCGGGUGUCUCCUUCCCCCCAUCCAGAGACCGGGACCUCGGGGACAUUGAGUCUCUGGACCUGGAUGGCAAGUUGAAGGGAAAGAAGGUUCAACUUGUUUUCGGUGAUCACAGGGAGGAGAUGGCAAAGAUUGCCCACAGUGUCAAACAGGCUUCUCUGAACUCAGCCAAUGAAAACCAGAAGCGGAUGCUCGAUGCCUAUGCUUUUUCCUUCGGUUCCGGGUCGAUUGAAGCUUUCAAAAAGGCCCAGCGCAUUUGGGUGAAGGAUCAGAAGCCGGUCUUGGAGACCAAUCUAGGUUUCGUGGAGACAUACAGAGACCCCCACGGAGUAAGAGGAGAGUGGGAAGGAUUUGUAGCAUUGGUCAAUUUGGAGCGCACACGCGCUUUCGGAAAGUUGGUGGAUAGUGCGGAAAGCAUGAUACCUAAGCUCCCGUGGAGCAAGGAUUUCGAGAAGGACAAGUUUCUUAGUCCAGACUUCACAUCCCUGGAAGUCUUAAGCUUUCAGUCUUCUGGCAUCCCGGCCGGCAUCAACCUACCAAACUAUGACGACAUCCGCCAAAAUCUGGGCUUCAAAAACGUUUCACUCGGGAAUGUUCUGAGUGCGAAAGCCCCGAAUGAGCCUGUGCCCUUUAUCCCUGAGAAAGACCUGGAGGUUUACCGCAGAUGCCGCGAUCCGGCAUUCGAGGUGCAAGUAGGCAUCCACGAACUACUGGGGCACGGAACGGGAAAGCUACUGCAGGAGACGGCUCCCGGGAAAUAUAACUUCGAUGUAUCAAACCCUCCUGUGAGCCCAGUCACAAAAAAGCCAGUCACCACUUGGUACAAGCCUGGACAGACUUGGAGUUCUGUCUUUGGGGCCAUCGCAUCUUCAUAUGAAGAAUGUCGAGCCGAGUGCGUGGCUAUGGUACUUAGUUGCGACUUCGAAAUUCUGAAGAUCUUCGGAUUUGGCGACGGGCAGGUUGACCUCAACAAUGAGGCUGGUGAUGUCCUAUUUGCCGCAUAUCUGCAAAUGGCUCGCGCUGGUCUGGUUGCCCUCGAAUUCUGGGACCCCAAGACCCAAAAGUGGGGCCAGGCUCAUAUGCAGGCUCGCUACAGCAUUCUUCGCACUUUCCUCGACGCUGGUGAUGACUUUGUCAGACUUGUUUACAGCAAGGAAGAUCUGUCUGAUCUAGAGAUUCAUUUGGAUCGAUCUAAGAUCCUGACUCACGGACGUCCUGCGGUGGAAAGAUACCUGCAGAAAUUGCACAUCUGCAAAUGCACUGCCGACAUAGACGCUGGCAAGAAGUUGUAUGACGAUAUCACCUCUGUGGAUGAGUGGUGGGGUACCAAGGUGCGCGAUAUUGUUCUGAAGAACAAGAUCCCUCGUAAGAUCUUUGUGCAGGGCAACACAAUCUUAAAUGGAGACGAGGUAACUUUGAAGGAAUAUGAGCCCACCCUCGAGGGCAUGAUCCAGAGCUUCGUUGAACGCAAUGUCUAA